AGCACAGGUAGCCUGUAGGCAACUCGCCGCUCGCGGUGCUUCUUAACCUGUAAAAGCAACUACAUCACAGCAUCUGACCUUGCAUGUGGGUGAAACAGUAUCCACAUCAUGCUGAGAAAGAUAGUGACAGUAAUGUUGCUCAUUGGUGUUGGUGGACAUGGCGAUUUAAAGGAAACAUGUGACGUUAGCCAGAGGGAAAAGUGUAGUGAGGAGACAGAUGAGAGGAUCACCAGGUACAGCAGAGAUACCAAUGAGAAAUGGGCUCAUUUUAUUGCAAAGAUAGAUGAGGCAGUAUCAGCAUACAAGCCAUGUGCAGCUGACAAAUGUUCGUGUCAUUAUCAUCUAAUAAAAGAUGAUCUCUUUGUGUUCAAAGAUGGAAUAAGCAAAGAGACACUCCAGUCUGCCAGAGAAAGGGGAACAUUUUAUCAAAUCAUCAACCACAAACUGUACAGGCAAAGAGACUGCAUGUUCCCCAGCCGAUGCAGUGGCAUUGAACACUUCAUUCUGAAGGUGAUUGACAAGUUACCAGACAUGGAGAUGGUGAUCAACACUCGAGAUUGGCCACAGGUUCCUCAGUCAUAUGGAAUGAAGAUGCCAGUGUUCUCCUUCAGUAAGACUGAAGAGUACAUUGACAUAACCUAUCCAGCCUGGACAUUUUGGGAGGGUGGUCCAGCUAUCUCUCUCUACCCAACAGGGCUGGGCCGGUGGGAUCUUCAUCGUGCUUCCCUUGCUGCUGCUUCCAAGAAGUGGCAGUGGCAAAUUAAGAAGACACAAGCAUUUUUCAGAGGAUCACGUACCAGCUCUGAGAGGGACCCUUUGAUUUACCUUUCGCGGGACUCUCCUCAUCUUGUUAAUGCUCAGUACACAAAAAACCAAGCUUGGAAGUCAGAUGCUGAUACACUGUUUGCUCCACCUGCAAGUGAAGUGUCCUUAGAAGACCAUUGCCAGUACAAGUAUCUCUUCAACUACCGGGGAGUAGCGGCAAGCUUCAGGUUCAAGCACUUGUUUUUAUGCGGCUCGCUAGUGUUUCACUCCGAAGACAGAUGGAUUGAGUUCUUUUAUCCCAGAAUGAAGCCAUGGGUCCACUACAUUCCUGUCAGAACUGGUGCCUCUAAAAAUGAGAUAAGGGAACUUCUUCAGUUUGCCCAAGAGAAUGAUCCUGUUGUUUCCCAAAUUGCUGAAAGAGGUCAGAACUUCAUCAAGAACCAUCUAAGGAUGAAGGAUGUGCUAUGCUACUGGAAAAAACUUCUUGUUUCAUAUGCCAGUCUGUUGAAUUACCAACCACUUCAUGAGGAUAAACUGGUUGAAAUUACUAAGAAGUCUUGAGUAAGGGAAAAUGUAUCAGGCAUUCUUGAAAUUAUCUGUUUUUACACUUUUAUGAAGUAAGUCUGUAAUGUUGCAUUUGCCUGGAGCAUUGAUCUGUGGUUAUUAGGAUAAUGAAACUACAAAUUUUCAAAUUUGCUUAAGCAAUGAAUUAUCAAUCACCUUAUGGUGGUUUGUAGUAAACUUCAUUAAAUGCAUGUUUUAUGAGUUAGUAGCCUUCACUCAUAUUGUGUUUAUUUAUACUGUAUUAUGUAUUAUAUUGACUGCAAAUCCUAUUCAGCUUUCAUAACAAACCAGUUCAUGAGCUAUGAAUGUUGGCUUUGUAGUCGAUAAAUUGCACAGAUACUCCUGACUUACGAACAUCCAGAAACGUGACCAAAAAUCUCUGCAUGUCCAGAUUUUGUCUGUUAUUCCAUUUGAGUUUGUUAUUUGUUACAUACCUGCUGCCUGUGUCACAUGGCCAAUACCCAUGCUAAUCAGCCAGGUGUACUGUAGAAAUUAACUGUAUGGAGGAUA